AUCAUGAUUCUGGAAGGAAGUGGUGUAAUGAAUCUCAACCCAGCCAACAACCUCCUCCACCAGCAGCCAGCCUGGACGGAAAGCUAUCCUACAUGCAACGUUUCCAGUGGCUUUUUUGGAGGUCAGUGGCAUGAAAUCCAUCCUCAGUACUGGACCAAAUACCAGGUGUGGGAAUGGCUGCAGCACCUCCUGGACACCAACCAGCUGGAUGCCAGCUGCAUCCCUUUCCAGGAGUUUGACAUCAGCGGAGAGCACUUGUGCAGCAUGAGUCUACAGGAGUUCACGAGGGCUGCUGGCUCUGCUGGGCAGCUGCUCUACAGCAACUUGCAGCAUCUCAAGUGGAAUGGCCAGUGCAGCAGUGACCUUUUCCAGUCCACACACAAUGUCAUUGUCAAGACUGAACAAACUGAUCCUUCCAUUAUGAACACAUGGAAAGAAGAAAACUAUCUCUAUGACCCCAGCUAUGGUAGCACAGUAGAUUUGAUGGAUAGUAAAACUUUCUGCCGGGCUCAAAUCUCCAUGACAACCUCCAGUCACCUUCCAGUUGCAGAGUCACCUGAUAUGAAAAAGGAACAAGACCACCCUGUAAAGUCCCACACCAAAAAGCACAACCCAAGAGGGACUCACUUAUGGGAGUUCAUUCGAGACAUUCUUCUGAGCCCAGACAAAAACCCAGGGCUGAUCAAAUGGGAAGACCGUUCAGAAGGCAUCUUCAGGUUCCUGAAGUCAGAGGCCGUGGCUCAGCUGUGGGGGAAAAAGAAGAACAAUAGUAGUAUGACAUACGAGAAGCUCAGCCGGGCCAUGAGAUACUACUACAAACGAGAAAUCCUGGAACGUGUGGAUGGGCGACGGCUGGUCUAUAAAUUUGGGAAGAAUGCUCGUGGAUGGAGAGAAAAUGAGAACUGA